AUGCUUUCCGCAGGGGAACGACCUCAACCUCCGCACGCUCCCAAAGUAAAUUCCACAAGCAAGGCGCACAUCAUGCCCGAUCUUGCCAAUGGAGCCUCAUCUUCCACCCCAGCAUCCAUGAUCCAAGACAAGCCCACGAAACCAGCACACGUGCAACACAUCUGGGUCGUGACCGGCCCAGCAGGCUGUGGAAAGAGCACCGUCGGCAAUGUCCUGCGCACCGAACUUGGCGUCCCAUUCCUAGAAGGCGACGACUACCACCCAGCCGCGAACAAGGAAAAGAUGGGCCAAGGCAUCCCCCUCACAGACGCAGACCGCUGGGACUGGCUGAUCUCCCUCCGCCAAGCGGCCAUCGAAGCUCUCUCCCCCUCAGAAAGUAACAACUUCCACCCACCCGCCGGCGUCGUGGUCGCUUGUUCUGCGCUGAAGCAAAAAUACCGGGACGUGAUGCGGGUCGCUGCGUACGGCUCGUCCUCGGUGCAGAUCCACUUCGUCUACCUCAAGCUUGAUAAGGAUGUGUUGAUGCAGCGUGUGGCGCAGCGCCAGUCCCACUAUAUGAAGAGCAGCAUGGUGCAAUCGCAGCUUGCGACGCUGGAGGAGCCCAAGGGCGAGUGGGAUGCUAUGACUAUCAAUGUUCAAGGGUCUAUGGAGGAUGUGCAGCGCAAUGUAAUCAAGGCUGUUACUGAGAAGCUGGCUGAGUAUUCGUGA